GGGAGGCAGUCUCGCGCUUCCCUCCCGUUUGGAGUUCUCGCGAGAGGCGGUUGCCUUGGCUCCCCGUAGCUAUAGCAGCGGGAAGGAGGGAGGCGGGGGAGCGCAGGAGGAUGCACCGCGAUGCUCUGGCGAGGCGUUCCUGAGGGGAACGGAAACAUUGGUGAAUUCCAGUGGCAUCCAGAAGGUGUGAAAUGCACCGGGUGACACCAUCAGAGAGGUGACACCAAAAUCAUGCACAGCCAGGCAUUCUACUUGCAAGAGGAAAAACAGCAGAAGAAACCACUCAGAUUCUACACGGGAAAGUAAAAGAACUGCAAUAAGACAACUUCAGCUCCAAUUAAUGUUUGGGAUUCUUUAGUCAUUCCUUUGUUUAGCCUUAAAAAAAUCAAAACUGCCCACAUCAAUAUUCUGGCAAAGAACUAUUUGCAACUAACAGCAAAUGCUUUAAAUUUUGCUCACAAACUUUGUUCCACUGUAUUGCAUCUAAGAAGAGUGAACCUGAACACGUAGACAUUUUUUUGUCUUGUUUUCAACCUUUUCAACCUUUGGAGUUACAAUAUUUGUUAAACUAAAAGAUGGCUCGGCACUACUCAUGCCUUUGAAGACCUGUGGACCUUUUGAGCUUGCCUUCCAUCUUUUCAGAUACCGAGUGUUUUGCUAUAUUAUCUCUGAUUUUAUGAAAUUGUAACUGACUGGAUUUAAAGAAGAAUACCAACUACGUAUGCCUUCAUGAAGGAGCUGUCUGGAAAAGUUCUUUUUUAGCAUCAUCCAAAUAUUUUCUCAUUUUUCUCAUCAAGAAUAGAACAUUUUAAAGCUCAAAUGCAGGUGUAAGUCAGUCUGUAGACUACAGACCUAAAUGUGAAGCAUGUCUUGGAAAAGAAAUUAUUUUUCUGUAGGACGGGGAACUGUGCAAGGAAUGUUUACUCCGCGUAAUACAACUUCUAUAGCACCAAGUAAAGGUCUCAGCAAUGAGCCAGGACAGAAUAGCUGCUUUCUGAACAGUGCAUUACAGGUUCUGUGGCAUCUUGAUAUUUUUCGACGUAGUUUUCGUCAACUUACAACGCACAAAUGUAUGGGAGAUUCCUGUAUAUUUUGUGCUCUCAAAGGUAUCUUUAACCAGUUUCAGUGUAGCAAUGAAAAAGUGUUACCUUCUGAUGCUCUUCGUAGUGCUCUGGCCAAGACUUUUCAAGAUGAGCAACGUUUCCAACUGGGUAUCAUGGAUGAUGCUGCUGAAUGCUUUGAGAAUCUCUUAAUGAGGAUUCACUUCCACAUUGCAGAUGAAUCUAAGGAAGACAUUUGUACUGCCCCUCAUUGCAUAUCACACCAGAAGUUUGCAAUGACUUUAUUUGAGCAAUGUGUCUGUACAAGUUGUGGUGCCACUUCUGACCCAUUGCCCUUUAUCCAGAUGGUGCAUUAUAUCUCAACUACUUCACUCUGUAAUCAGGCAAUUUGCAUGCUGGAAAGACGAGAGAAACCCACUCCAGAUAUGUUUGGAGAGCUUCUACAGAAUGCCAGCACCAUGGGUGACUUAAGAAACUGCCCGAGCAACUGUGGGGAAAAAAUUCGCAUUCGUCGCGUGUUGAUGAAUUCUCCACAGAUAAUCACAAUUGGUCUGGUAUGGGACUCGGAUCAUUCCGAUCUGGCAGAGGAUGUCAUUCACAGCUUGGGCACUUGCCUUAAAUUGGGAGAUCUUUUCUUCAGAGUAACAGAUGACAGAGCAAAGCAAUGUGAACUGUAUUUGGUUGGAAUGAUAUGCUACUAUGGAAAGCAUUACUCUACCUUCUUCUUUCAAACAAAGAUUCGUAAAUGGAUGUACUUUGAUGAUGCCCAUGUCAAAGAGAUAGGCCCUAAAUGGAAAGAUGUUGUUACUAAGUGCAUUAAGGGACAUUAUCAGCCCUUGCUACUACUUUAUGCAGAUCCAAGAGGAACUCCAGUAUCAACACAGGAUCUGCCCACACAGGUGGAUCUUCAGCAGUAUACCAGAACUUACUAUGAUAGUGAAGACUCAGGGCGUGAACCCUCUAUCACAAGUGAUACUAGGACAGACUCCUCUACAGACAGCUAUCCCUAUAAACAUUCACAUCAUGAAUCUGUGGUCAGUCAUUUCUCUUCUGAUUCUCAAGGCACUGUCAUUUACAACAUGGAAAAUGAUGCAGCUUCACAAAGCAGCAGAGAUACAGGACACUUGACUGACAGCGAGUGUAAUCAGAGACAUAUUUCUAAAAAGAGCUCACUGACAGACCGUAAGAGGAAUUCCAGCAAAUCUCGAAGAAAGGGUGAUGAGUCACAGCCAUCAGGAUAUCACAGUGAAGGGGAAACACUAAAGGAGAAACAGGCCCCUAGAGCUGCCCCUAAGACAUUGAGCAGCACCAGCAGGCUAAGGGAAUUUAAAGAGACAGUCAGCAACAUGAUCCACAACAGACCAUCACAGACAAGCCAGAGCUCUCCACGAAGAGGGAAAGAUCAGAGUGAAAAGCCUGGAGGUCUGCCUGCUCAGUCUCGAGACUGGGAAAUGGAGAGUACUAGUAGUGAAUCCAAAUCAAGUUCUUCUAGCAGGUACCGUCCAACUUGGAGACCUAAAAGGGAGUCACUGAACAUAGACAGCAUCUUCAAUAAAGAAAAGAGGAAACAGUGCGGCUACACACAGCUCAGUCCCUUCUCUGAAGAUGCAGGUAAGGAAUUUAUGGAAGAUGAGUUAAAGGAACCAACCCCCCAACCAAGACCAAGCCAAUCAUACAGGUAUAAGCAUUGGGCCCUAGGUCGUGGUGCACACCAUAUGAUGGAUCAACAUCCCCGUCUAAUCCAAAGGAUGGAAUCUGGCUACGAAAGCAGUGAACGCAACAGUAGUAGCCCGGUCAGUAUGGAUAUGCCUUUGUCCGAAAGCUCUAGCACCUCUCGAGAGCCUUAUAUGAAACGAACUGGAGCUUUUGUUCCUGCCUGGCGUAACAUACCUAAAUCACAUAGCAGCAGCAUCUUGGAGGUAGAGUCUGCCUCAACGACUACUUGCUGGGCAAAGAAUAAGCACUCCAUUGGUAAUGGUGAGGAGAUACUUGUUUCUUCCAAAAGUGAACUAGAUGAAUUACAAGAAGAAGUAGCAAGAAGGGCCCAAGAACAAGAACUCCGAAGAAAGCAGGAAAAGGAACUGGAGGCAUCAGUGGGCUUUAAUCCUCAUCCUAGCAGGUUCAUGGACCUGGAUGAGCUUCAAAACCAGGGGAGGACUGAUGGCUUUGAGAGGUCUGUGCAAGAGGCAGAGUCAAUCUUUGAAGAGUCACUGCAUCAAGAGCAGAGGGGAGACUGUGCUGCAGCUUUGGCUCUCUGUAAUGAAGCUAUAUCUAAACUAAGACUUGCCAUGCAUGAUGCCAGCUCUAGCACUCACAGCAGAUCUCUAAUCGAUAAGAAGCUGCAAAUCUGUAUCCGAAAAGAGCGGAGUCUCCAGGAUCGCAUGCAGCAACAGCAGCCAGCACAGCCGCCGCCCACCUGCCACCCACCACGGGGGGGCAACAUGGCCCAUUCUACAAGUGAACAGACUGUCCCGCUCCAAGUAUUGCUGAACCAGAAGACAGCACUGGAACCCAGCGGAGAAGCAGAACCUGGGUCCAAUUCUUACUUCCAUCCUACUGUUUCCCAUCAUGAAAUGUAUUCAUCACAUGCAAAAUCAUUUUGCCCAUCCCCUUCUGAAAGCAGCCCCUCUCACGAGACUUCUCUGAACUUUCCAACUGCUUCUGAUGGAAUCAUUGAUCAAGCACUCACUUUUUCCUGUAUGCAUGGGGUAGGUGAUAGAUCCAUUCAAAAUGAGAAUGAAAUCCACUGUGAUGCGAAGCUUCAGGGAGUCUCUUCCAUUCAUUUAGAAGAGGAUAACGACUACCGCAAAAACAGUAAACUUGAAGAAGAGCGUAAUGUAACAACUUCUCUCACACCACAUCGCAAAGUGAAAUGUAAUAUGGUAAGCUCUGGAUCUUUGCCUACACUCUUCCCAUCUUCACAUUCAGUACAGGUAUCAUCUGACAAAAAUGGCCUACAUAAUCCAUGCUUCAAACCAUCAAGCUUAUCAGAACGGCCUAGUGCUGCUCAACAAGGGGCUGAUCAUGCCGUAACACUGGCUUAUCAUUCUCCUUUGCCACAUUAUCCUUCAGAUCCAUUACCAUCUACUAAUAGGUUCCUUAAAGCAAAUAGUGAUAAGAGCUUACAUCUCCCAUCGGAAGAAUUAGUAAAUGGGGAUUCUCUGAAGUCUGAGACAAUGUGUACCAAGGGGCGCGUUCGCUCACUUGCAGAACAGUUUCAGCAGCUGCAGGGGGUCUCCCAGAGGGAAUGCACUUACACGAAAGACAAGAAAGUGCCUAUUUGUCACAAUCGGAAUGAUCCAAUACUUCAGGAAGCCUACAGUUGUCCUCCAUUCCUUGGUUUUAGGCAACCAGUUGUUAAACAACAAGAGAAUGGAAUAUGGUCUGCUGGAAAGGUGAACUCAUGUCUGAGUACUAGGGAUGAAUUGAGUUCUGAAGGUUGUUUUAGCACUCACAGUACGCUUUCUAAGAAUUCUGAUUUGCAAAACAAAGAACUGUGCCCCAGAGCAGAACGAUGUUCUGUGGAUCCUCAUUUCUACCCAGGAAGAUUCAGUCAUGAGGGAGAAGUGAGACAGGUGAAUGACAGAAAUCCUGCUGAUUUGGUUGCAUCUAUGCCGGUGGACUGCUGGGCAAACAAUGUUAAAAAGUAUUAUAGCUCUCAAGUGGAUUGCAAGAAUUCUAGCUUGUCGUCUGUAUCCAAUCAAGUCAUUUCUGGAGAGGAUCUAAUGCAGAAGCACCCACAGUGGAAUCGAGACACCGAGCUGGAGAUUUCGGAGCUGGAAUCUUUGUAUCAGGCUAGUUUACAGGCACCUGAGACAAGCCAACCUGUCAUGGGAAGACUGGAUAACUCCUGCCAUCUGUUAGGCACAAAAGCAUCUACAAACCUACCUACAAGAAGGAUGCACAGUUCAACUUACAUUGGAUUGUCAAAAACCCCAACAGCAGAAAUAGAGCGAAGCCUAUAUGGAACGGCUAUAUCUCCAUUCUCUAAGGUACCAUACAGAAAUUAUGGCAAGGAGCCAGAAGAGGAAAUGUACAGUGCAGAGAACUUCCGUCGCAUUGCACGCAGUCUCAGUGGGACAGUUGUCACAAAUAAGGAAGAGACACUUGUUUCUUCCCACAGUUUUGAAGGGGCCAGUGAAAGGAAAAUGCCAGUGGAAGCCAGUCACCGUUCUUCCAGCACCACUUCCCUCAUUUUCCCUCACAGUUUUCCUCCUGUGUUACCCUUUGAUCCCCGACACUUUUCAACCCAACAACAGUACCUCUCACAUGAUGCACCAGUGCCUAGCAUGGUGGGCAAGACACAUAGAGGAUCAGGAAAUCAGAAGAACAUCCCAAAAAUUCUGGCUGUGCCUGACAGGGGUGAAACUUUCCAAGGUGAAGACAACCCAGGUCUGGCACUGAGCUAUGGGAGCCUCAUUUACAAACAUCAGGGCCUGUCUUCUCAAGGACGGAAAACUCUUCUUAAUACGCAUUUAGGAACCGAAGAAGCAUCAAGCAUCUCUGGUCACUGCCCACAGAUAAGUCACACUGCCAGACAAACAGCAACACUACCAGGCAGACAAGCUGGACAUUGGGGACAUGCUGCUCAGAAAAGCAAAGGAUUGCAAGAACAUUUCAUUCAGCAGCCAUUUCAGCAAGGAAAGGAAGAGGCUUGUGCCACUGACCAUAGGCCACCCACUGAUAUAGGCCAUAGUACUUUAUUUGUAUCACCUGGGGCUUCAAGAGACAUGGGCCGUUUCCAGGGUUGUCCUGUACCUCCCCAGUAUGCCAAGGCUCAAGGUCCUCGAAGGGUAGACAUGCCACCAGAUGAAGACUGGAGGAAAUAUAGUUAUACCCCACAGCCCGGAGCAAGGAGAAUUUUACCAGUGUGCACAAUGGAUGGAACUUAUUCAUCCACUUCUGAGAUACACCGAAAGGUGAUAGCUCAUACAGCUGCUGCUUCCUUACACAGUAGUGGCUGAGAAUGUCUCAGCUUUCAAAGAUAACCAUCUUUGAAACAAGUUGCCUGAACUGUUGUGACUGAAAUGCAGUUGAUAGCAAGACAGCAAGCUCUUCCUCAGUCAGUUUCUUUGCCAGCCUUGUCUUUAAUAAUAUAUAUAAAAUAAGCGGAAACUAAUUGCACUUGUGUUUCUGUAUUAUCAAAUCACUGUCUUAUGAGACUUUUCAGAAUCUCCAUUCUCAACCUCUCUCCAAAGGAAAUGGUUGAAGGCUCCAUAAUAACAGAAGUAAGGUAAGGUUUACAAAUAGAAGGGGAAAACCCCUGUUGGCAUAAUGCUGCAUUUUCAAAAACUACAUAUAAAAUCAUACUGGUAGACAUGUAUGCCAACCUGCUGUUCAUUUUUCAGUUUUUUCCCCUAUUAGAUGAUAAACAGUUAAAAAUCAGUCAGUGCUGAUGGGUUAAUAAGGCAUGUGUAUUUUUAUUUUGACUGAGAUGUUAGGCACUGGUGACUGCUGUAGAUGCUAAUAAAGUGGAAAGAAGGCAUAGCUCGAGUAUAAACCAGGCCUUCUCUAACGUUUUCAAAGCAGACUAACAGUGGAAUAAAUUGCAAAGACUGUUAAAGCUGCACACCUAACAUUGUAAACACAAUUGCUCUAACUAUUUUAGAGUCAGACAUACUCGUCUUUGUAAGUAUUUUUCAAAUAAACCUAUGAAAUAGUUAUAUUUGUUAGGUGGUGUGUGAAUUCAUUUUGUUUUCCAGGAAAGUGAUAUAAAAACGCACAGACCCCUCCCCCCAAAUUUCUUAGAUCUCCGUGCAAUGUUUAUAUCCUUGUGAAAUUAAAUUAUUUAUCAUUUGGAUCCAUCAUUGUCUGGGUCUAUCAAGUAGUCUGACCCUUGUUCUAUGAAAAAUGUAUUACAACAUUUGCAUUUCAAAAAAGUGAUGUAAAGAGAAAAUAGUUUAAAUGCCCAAUGAAAAACCCAUUCUUAUCUUGGUCUUUAGACUAAUAAUAACCACUUCUCUGAACAUCUUUAAAUCUCUGUAUGUAUAAAGAUGCAGUAAGCACAUCAGCAACUGGAGUUUUACUUGCUGUAGCAGGGUGAAUUACCCACAGGUUCUGUGUGGGUUAAAAUCCAUGAGUACUUCGAAACCUGCAAUUUUUUAAAAUAAAAGUGCAUACUUUUAUAAUACUGUGUUAUUGUACAACAUUAUAGAAAUGCCUUCCAAUAAAGGACGGAUGUUUUCUAGGUGAGA